AUGGAAUUAGAAGAUGUAAGUGAGGAGGAGUUUGAUUUCUCCGAAGGGACUCCAUGUCAAGAUGAGAUAGAUUCAAGGUUAAAUAGAAGUAAGACUGAUAAGAAGAAAGAAACUGGAAGUGAAACAUUCUCGAGUGAUUCAGAGUCUACAUGUAGUACAUCAAGUGAAAGUGGCAGUGACGAUACGUCAGAAACAGAAAGUACAAAAUGCAAAGAUGAAGAACGUGUUAUUAAAACAAACAAGAAUGUGGCAGCACAAGGCAAAGAUAAAUAUGGAAACCGAAAGAGUGUCCACAGUAAUCAGAAUUCUAAAACAGAAAAAAGUGAAAGGUGUGAAAAGAGGAAAGAGAAUAAAAGUGACACUGAUAGAAAUGACAAGUCCAAAAGUGGAGAAAAAGUUCCCAAUAGUGCAAAAGUUAGUAAAGGCAAAGAGGUUGAAUACAAGGUCAGGGACUUAGAAAAAGCAGAAAAUAGUGAACCAAAGAGUUUAAAUACGGACAAAGAUAAGAUUAGGAAAAAGGAAGAUAGAGAUAACAAAAUCGAACAUAUAAAAAGCAAUGGAAGUUCAAAAUCAUCAAAGCUGACAUCAGAAAAGAACACUGGGAAUCAUCCGGAAAGUAGUAAGUCCGAUAAAGCACAGACAAAGGGUUGUACAGAGAAUAGUAAGGAGAAUGAUGAUAAAAUACUGAAAAGAAAAACUACACUAAUGAGAAUAAGAAAAGGCAGGAGGAUCAAGAGAAUAGGGAAGGAGAAAUUCACAGAGGAAAGAUAA